AAAGGGGAGGAAUAUAUACGAAAACGGCGAAGGUCAACUUUUUACAGUAGUGAGCGCAACUGUUGGCAAAUGAUCAAGUGACCGUUGAAUCAUUAAAAUGAGACUACGAUGUCUACUAUUAUUAAAACGUAAGUUUAUUUAGUACGUGAUCUUGCUAAUUUUUAAAUUGAAAUCUUUAAAAUGUGGCAGAAUGUAUUAUCAAGUGUUGAGGAAAGAGUGUCUUACAUAAUGCUUUCUCACGACUUUUCCGAUAUUUCUCUAAUAGUCGGACCUCCUAAUUAUUGUAAAACGUUUCCUGCUCAUAAACUGAUUUUAGCCAUGUCUAGUUCUGUUUUCGCUGCUAUGUUUUAUGGUGCUCUGCCCCAACAAGGGAAUGAAGUGGAAAUUCCAGAUACGGAUCCGGAUUCGUUCCAGAUAUUUAUCCGUUUUGUGUAUACAGAUCAAUUGGAUUUACAAGAUACAGACCAAGCCAUCGCAGUUUAUUGGUUAGCCGAAAAAUACAUGGUUACGAAGUUGAAAACAAUGUGCUGUAAGUAUUUAUCCGAUCAUCUACUUCCCGAAAACGCCUGUCAAAUCUACGAAUUAGCCAAACUGGGAAAUUGUCAUCCUUUGAUGUUUCGAGCUUGCAGAUACAUCGUUCUGAACGCUCAAUCCGUCGUCGAAUCCGCAUCAAUUGAAAAUAUUAAUAGAGAAACGUUACAAUGGAUAAUCGGUCGUAAAUGGCUUAAUAUAGCUCAGGAAUCCUCGCUAUUUCAAGCAUCGGUAUUAUGGGCAAAGGCCGAAUGUAACAGAAAAGAAAUUCCCGAUUCAUUAGAGAACCAAAGAGCCGCGUUGGAACCGGUUAUAUCCGGUUUUCGUUUUUUGUCUAUGACUAGUGCAGAAUUUGUCAACAGAGUAGUACCCUCGGGAAUCUUAACACAAGAAGAAUCGUUGUGCUUGCUGGAACAUCUGGUAGAACCCAGAUCGGUAAUACUACCCGAUUAUUUCAAUAAAUGUAACAAACUGAGAAAUCAACCGUUGUUACAGAGUAGCCCGGAAUCCUCUUGCAUACUCACCUGCGACGAGAGCAUCUGCCCAAUUAAAUCGGAGGCCAGAAUGCUUUCUACCUUCACGAUCACAGGUCGGUCUGUUUAUAUUGUAGGCAUCGAUUUCUAUCUUUCCGAUAAAAAUUUCAAUCGCGUAACAAAAUGUAAACCUUUUGAUCCAGUUUAUCAGUUAUCGGUGAAUUCCUUAUUAACUGUUAUUAAUCGUUCCACCGGAUGCAUUUACGCUUACCAUUCCACUAGUUUAUCGACUGAUCAAUAUGGAAAUGCUAGAUUCGAUUUUGGAGAUCCUCUCUUCUUAAAUUCGGGAGAAACGUGUCAGAUAAUUCUGGACAUAGAAAGGAGCGAUCGUCCUUUAUUUUGGUGCAAUGGCAAACACACCAGUGAAAGAGAAUUUCAAGACGGUGUUACUUUCUGUUUUCGAGAGUCUUUAAAGUCCGAAUGUUCUACACAUUCGCACAUUCAUAAAAUAUUGUUUUGGAUCAUUGAUUGAUGUUAAUGUUAUGGAAAUUCCGAGAUAUUUAUCCAGAAGAAAUGCUGAAUUUUAUUUUAUACAAAAACAUUAACUUAUAAUAAACAACAAAUCUUAAAUAAACUAAUUUUUAAAAAAACAGGUAUGCAUUCAAUUAUUCGACUAAUCGAAAGUUCGAAUUCAAUGAUACACAUUGAGAUAUCGGAACAACAAUGCAUUAAAAAUGCAGUGUUGUUCCAAAAACCUGAUGAAAAUAUUCAGCUGUGUAUUCUUUAAAAUCAUACAAAGGAGAUGGAUUGUGGUAAUCAAGCUAGUUGCAAAUCAUAAUUUCGUGAAUAAAUUGCUUUCUCGAUUUAUUUAUACGUUAUUUGUUAAAAAGGUAGCUUAAAUAUUAAAAAAAUGAUAAUUUGUAACUACAUUUAAAUUUUUAUCAAUUCGAAAAAAAUCUAAGUUCAAUAUGAUUAAAUUGACUUCUUCCAAUAACAAAUAAUCUUUGAUUUUUUUUCUUUUUACUUUUUCCGCCCCGUGGACAGUAAGAAGGGUUUUUCAGGCGCAUUGUGGGCAUAGUAUAAGCUACAAGUACUGUAGUUUUAUAUGAGGUAAUGUUCUGUCCCCUAAGUUAAUCUGCUUUGUAGCAGACGCUAGGAAGGGAAAUCGCUAGACGCUAGAAUUGGGAGAACGGUUUAGAAACGUUUCCAAAGUGCACACUACAGUUUUCAUAAACUAUGGGACGAAAUAAAUAUUGAGGUUAUAAAAUAUGAGAGUUUUUGUGAUAUUAUUCAAAAAUGUGAAAACAUUUUUAUAGAAGAAUUUGAAACAAACAUAAACAUAUCAGGUCUACUUCAGAAUAUUAUCAAUAGAACAAAAAUCAUUCAGUUUCGAUGCCGAAAUCUUGCGAUAUAUUAUCCAAAUAUCUUGUUCAUCUGUUUUUGCGUACAAGCAUCUUUUAUAGUUUGAAAUUUAUAAACAGAGAUAUGAUGUAUGUAUACAUUCGCUAGUGAAUAUCUACAUACAUCUCACCUUCUACUUACACUAACAGUCUUUCCAAAAAAAUUUAGAAUAUUCAGUUCAUAUUUAGUAGCUGUAUAUUUUAACAAUUAACUGUUUAUAAAGUAAAUUCAUUGAGAAAACUCAUUAUGACUAACAUUCUAAUGUUUGGAUAUACUUGUUACAUUUUUUUGGAGGCUCGUACACUUAUAAACAGU